CGUUCCUCAGUUCUGCAACUGUGGUAUUGUUUCCAGUUAAUUUGGUUUUACAAUCACUUUCACAUUAGAAUACCAUCAGUUGGUUCAAGUGGGUGGACACAAGUAUUUAUCUUAAAACUGAUAAAAUCACCCACACUUCACUUAAAUGAGCUGUACCGAAGUGUAACCUGUAUCUGAUUGUUAUGAAACAAAAUCCCAUGUUGGUUCCAGUAGAUGAGUUGCUCUGUUUCCUGUAAACUGUGAUAACUGCGACACUCGGGCAGUCUGGAAAUGAUAUGCUCUCUUUUUCUUUCUGAAAUGGUGUGGCGGUGAAGGUUUCUUAAUGACAAAGCCUGUGCAGGCAAAUGCGGCUCAUCAUUUAGAGAAAUGUAGAGAAACUCACAAAUGUAAACAUAGUUUCAGAAACAGUCAAUAGGGAACCUCAGCUGUCAUCAUCAGACUACUGCAGUUGCAGUCACUUUAUCUAAACCCUUUUUGCAGCAACAUUACUUUUUUUAAUCUUUGAUAAAAAAAAAAAAAAAAGUAUUUUCAUGCAUGGAAUAGUUCAUUGUCAUUUUACAUGAAUAACAACCUAGAGAUCAGAAGAAAAAUAUCUGUCUGCGUGGAAUAUUACUUAAUUCCUUGUGCAUCGUAAACACUCAAAAAUGUAAACACUCAAAAAUGUGAAUUCGACCUUGCUAUCCAUUCAGCUAGAUUCACUUCUCAGUCUACAUUGAAGAAUAAGAUCCACAUGAGUUGUCUGAUAAGGGGCGUUUGAAGUGAUUGAAAAGCUCGAGGUGUAUUUGAAAUGUAAAUGACUCUACAUCUGUGAGCUCUUUGGAGAGAGGCAAUAGAUCAGCGGUGUAUAGUCAGGAACUUUACGGCUGACAAAUGAAUUUGGGCCUUGGUGGAGGGAGAAAGCAGCAGUGGGGGUCUUCCAUUUUGUUCUUCGUGGCUUCUGAGUUUGCACAACUUCUUUUUGGGGUAACUUCUCUCUGCACCGGGAUUUGCCACUUGUGUCCCUGUGGCAGAUUCAUGUGGCGUUAGUGACGUUGAAUAAGAAGCCGUAGGGCGAAUGAAAAUAAAUCGUAGGGGACUUUUUUAAUGACAAAGAUUUAGAAUGGAUCACGCUAACAUAUGAAAUUCAGGUGUUUGCUUGCAAAGAAAGAAGAUAUUGUAACUAGCUGAUGAUUUCAAAAUAUUGUAAUCUUUACUUUUCUAGGUUGUUAGGAAAUAUACUCUGACCAGAUGAUUAUUUUUGCAUAUAUUUUAAUUUAUUUGUUGAUUCAAAGUGAAUAUAAUGGAUAAAAACUUAGAAUAAGAAAUCCAAUGUUGCAAAGAAAUAGGGCACUUAAAAUUCAGAUUGUUAUUGGCUAAAUUGAAUAAGGUUUUUUCUGUGAUUUAAAACUUGUUAAUAGUGUAAUCUUUUUUUGAAAUAUGUUUUACGGAGCAGCAUAGUAUUUUUUUUCCACUCCCUAUGUACGGCAACAGGCAAGACUACCAUCACUGCUUGUGUUUUGAAAUUAUGCAUCAACGGCUUUAUAGAAAUUCCUUUGUUUUGUAUUUUUGUGGUUAGAAUUCUCCAAACAUGAGAGACAUUUUCCUUUGCAUCCACCUGAUGAAAUGCGGAGGCUUACACGGAGAUAGCUCCUAAUAAUUGGGGCCCAUAAAAGCUUUUAGAACAUAUAUUUGAUUUGGCUUGCAUUUGAAUAUCUAGUCUUUUUUCCUCUGGAUUUUCAAGAAGAAAAGGGCCACAGUUCACAGAGAUCAUCCCUUGUCUCUAAAGUCACUAAAUUUCUCUGGAUGUGUGUUAUAUUGACUUGUUAUGGUGAGUUAUAGCUGAUAUGUUGCAAAGACUUGCCGGCCUCAUGGAUUUUCUUGCUAAACUUUUACGCAAUAUAGAUGGAUUUGAAGAGAAAUAACUAGAAAUGUGCAUGAGUUUUGUGUGAGUGAAGUCAAUUAGGGGUGCUAUAUGAGUCUAACAUCGAAAAGGUUUUUGUAAUCCAAAUUAAGUGCUUUAAAUUUAAGCGCUGCUUUUGUUAGAAUAAAUCUUGAUCUCUUCCCUUUUUUUCUCACACCCUGUAUGGGAAUAAAACACAAGGACCUUUGACCUGUGUUGUCACACCAACCUCCUUUAUCCUGUAAAAACUAUAGGUUUAGCUUCUACAUUAAUAUUAUAGUUUGAUGGCUAAUUUUUAAGCAUCACAAAAGGAUCUCAAGUGUAUUUAACAACUCCUCCAGAUAAGAGAUGGUUUGGGUCUCUGACUCUGUCAGAGCUGUUUGACACCACUUGUUAGGCUAAUUAUGUGGCGUGUAAUAUUUUCGUGGUUAGCGUACAUCUGGUAAAGUUUGCUGACUGAAAACUCUCUCAUUCCCAGUAGAGUGGUAGGCUGCACUGCAAGCGAAGAAGAAGAAAAAGAAAUCGAAGUUCCCCUAAAUCUCCAGUCUUACUCAUUGACAAAAGCUUACUUUUUUUUUCUGAGGAAUUAAAAAUAACUGACAUUUGUAUUGAAAAUGCAAGUUACAGUGAUGUUACGAUAAACCUUCUAUUGAUCGGAUGUGUUGACACUUUGCCUGCGUGUGGUUUUUCUAAACUAGUGGUUCCCGUUAGAUUUGCUUUCCAUAUAAGAUGACUUUCCUGAACUUCUAUACCAAAGUGUGGGUAUCAGUAACUAUUUAUUUGGUUAAAACCCCUUUUUUUCACGCUAGAUUUAUCAUGCAGGACAGGUCUCCCUGCUCAGCUUCAUAUCAGAAACUUUCUGAAAGUUUUCAGUCUAGAUCUUCCAGCAGUGCCCACUUCCUCUCUUCCCCAUUCCGACAUGCUGAAUUUAGUGCGUCCGCCGAUCCUCCUGUCCGCCGGCCCCUCUGGAACGUUGAUGAUGAUCGAGAGGAACGACAUGGUGUGGUCACCCCUUGUACUUCGGAUCAUCUGCACCUGUGAGGUCUUCUGAGAAAAGGAAGUACGGGACGGCGCAUUUCACAAGCCACGAAUGUAGAGCGAGUAAACUUUCUGAACACUGAGGGGGAAAAAAUGGAAUGAUUCCCAGGCCAGAAUGGAUGUGGAAUAAAGGAUACCUCAGAGGGCUCUUCAGGGAAGGGUCUUUGGAUACUCUGACAGCUUUGAUAUCUGCCUCCCUGUUGGAUUUGAGUGAGAUAAUGCUAUAACCCAAUGCUUAACAGAGAUAUGGUACGAAAAAAGAAUCCCCCUUUGAGAAGCUUCGGCGGUGAAGAAGAGGAGGGUGAGGCGGUGGCGGCCGAGGCCACAGGCCCAGAGAGCGGGAACGCGGGGAGCCAGGCUUCAGAGCCCGACAGGGCUGUGGGCGAAGAGCAGGAGGAACCAUCCUCCCCUGGCCCCAUCAAACCUGACAGGCCUGACUUGCAUAACUCCAGCCACAACCUGACAGCGUCCUACUCUAGCCGCGAGAGUACUGAUACAGAACCGCUGGACUCUACCGCCUCCCCAAUGAACUCUGACCCAGGUGAGAGAGGAGACUGUGAAGAUGACCGGAACCAUCUAAAACCUAGCACCCGGUCAGGCGGUGUCAUCGUACAGGGCUGCACCAGUAACGGAGAAGAGAGGGAUGCCACACACAGCCCACUAGCAUUGCUGGGUUCUGACAGCACUCAUGGUGUGGCUGUCGAAGGCUCUAUAGUCCCUCCGGUUACACUUCAACCACAGAGGCCCAUUGGGGGAGCGGAGGACGCCCCUAGCCCUCUGGGAGCUGAGACGGGAGCACCUCCACCCACCUCACCUAAACUACAAGACUUUAAGUGCAACAUCUGUGGGUAUGGUUAUUAUGGCAACGACCCCACGGACCUGAUCAAACAUUUUCGUAAGUACCACUUGGGCUUGCACAACCGGACACGGCAGGACGCGGAGCUGGACAAUAAGAUUCUGGCACUACAUAACAUGGUGCAGUUCACAGCCCAAACACAGGCCAAAGACUCAGCGCACCUCCUCGGCCAGUCAGCUCAGAGCGGCUCAGCGGCGGAAGCAAAGUCACCCAGAUCCUCCGUACUCAAUGGCACCUAUGACAUACAGGUAACGUUGGCCGGCACCUUCAUCGGAAUCGGGAGAAAGACGCAGGACUGUCAGGGCAACACCAAGUACUUCCGCUGCAAGUUCUGCAACUUCACUUACAUAGGAAGCUCCUCUGUAGACCUAGAGCAGCACUUCCUGGCCACCCACCCCAACAAGAUGAAGAGUCCACCUUCUUCCAAUCUCGAGGAGAAGUCCUCAACUGAACGGAAGGGGAACUGCUUUCCACGCAUUGAGGCAGACGAGCAAGGGAAGUGGACCGAUCGGGUGGCGGUGAGGGCCGAAGAUGACACUGUGGCUGGGUACUCCGUACCAAUCAGGGGUUCAGACUCCCCUAGCCGCACUGGAGGUGACCCCCCUGCAGCGUAUUACUGGUGCAAGUAUUGCAGUUUUAGUUGCGAAGCUACCAGUGCUUCUAAGCUUCUGGAUCACUAUGAGAAGAGACACGGUCAGGCGGCCAUUAGAGAGGGAAGUCCAGAGGAAAGGGACAGAAAGACCCAUGACGGAGACUCCCACUUAUGGAAAAAUGAGAAGACUGGAGCAGCGAGCGACCCAGAAACGGUAGUAACCAGUUACAACUGUCAGUUCUGUGACUUCCGUUACUCCAUGACUCACGGUCCGGAUGUCAUCGUCGUGGCUCCUCUUUUGCAUCACUACCAACGGGCUCACAGCAUUCACAAGUGCACCAUCAAACAUUGCCCCUUCUGUCCCCGUGGGCUCUGCACUCCUGAGAAGCACCUGGGGGAGAUUUCCUAUCCCUUUGCUUGCCGUAAGAGCUCCUGUUCGCACUGUGCUCUACUUCUGCUGCAGCUAACAGCUGGAGGGACCACUACCCCAUCCCCGCCAGCUCCCCGAGCGUCCGUCACCCAUCAGUGUGACCAGUGCCCGUUCACCUCGACUGAUAUUGACUUGCUUCUCUUGCACUAUGACAGCACCCACACCUCAAACACCUCCCUGGAAGUCAAACCUGAGGAGGAGGGAUCAGGGGAUGCAGGGCCAGGGCGGGACCAUCCCGGAGAGUACACCUGCACUAAGUGCCAUUUCUUCACUGAAGUGGAGGAGGAGAUCUUUCGUCACUACAGGAGAGUUCAUGGCUGCUGUCGUUGUCGGCAUUGUAGUUUCACUGCCACGGACACCACGGCGCUGCUGGACCACUUUAACUCCGCCCACUGCCAGGACUCUGCGGAUCCAGCCUCUGCUCCUGCCAACGGCUGCUCUGCUCCCUCAACCCUCCGCAUCAAAGAGGAGAGCAAAGGUGAUCUGAAACUCUAUAGUCUGGUGCCCACAGUGGGCAGCAGAGCCGAGCCGCUUCCCGGCUCAGAGGUCGUGAAGAGUGAGGCCCAGGAUGAGAAGGAGAAAGGCUGGGUUGAAGCGCUGGGACCUGUGACUGGCAGUGGAGUCCGAGGUGGGGAACAACAUGCGCAGAGCCUGGUGUGGGUGCCCAAAGAACGUGCAGGGGAGAUUCUUAGGGGAAGCCCAGCCCCGUUCCCCCAGGCCACACUGGGUCUACUGAAUGCUGUGGUAGCUGGGGUAAAAGACCAGCAGCAGAAGGGGGCGACCAUGCUUAGAGACUCAUCAGGACUGAUCUUCAGCCUCAGCGCAGAUGCUAAAGGCUACCUGCCAGGGACACCAACUAGCGGUGCAGAGAAAGCCGGGCAGCAGUACCCAAGUUCUACCGACGGCAAGAGCUCCAAGGAAGAGUCUCAGUCACUCUUAAGGAGACGGCGGGGCUCGGGGGUCUUCUGCGCCAACUGUCUAACCACCAAGACCUCGCUGUGGAGGAAGAAUGCCAACGGUGGCUACGUGUGCAACGCGUGUGGCCUCUAUCAGAAGCUGCACUCGACCCCUAGACCGCUGAACAUUAUCAAGCAAAACAACGGCGAGCAGAUCAUCCGUCGACGGACACGCAAGCGUCUGAAUCCUGACCCUGUCCAGUCUGAGCAGGUGGGGUCCAAGCAGCAGCGUGUCAACAGCGAGGAGCGUCUCAACGGCAGCCCCUUAGAGAGGAGGACUGAGGAAGCAGGAUCUGAUGGGUCCUUAUCACGUGCCGAGGCCCAAGCCCAGUUGGGUAAAUACGAGGCAUAUGGUCCCUCAGGACCCAAAAGUCACCCUAGCCCCCGCUCCACCCACGCGUUCCUCGUCAACCAGACGCUGGAGAUCCACAAGCGUAUGCCACCCCUGCAUAUGCACAAGAGCCCUACAGACGGUGGGGCCGAGGGCAACGGGCUCAGCGCAGGACCCCAGGGCAGCGACGCCAAAGGUGGCUCAGAACGAGGCAGCCCUAUUGAGAAGUACAUGCGUCCAUCGAAGCAGGCCAGCUACUCUCCUCCUGGAAGCCCUAUCGAGAAGUACCAGUAUCCGUUCUUAAGCCUGCCCUUCCUCCACAACGACCUCCAAAAUGAAUCGGACUGGUUGCGCUUCUGGACUAAGAUGCCUGUGCCGGGCAACCCGGGCCACUACCUGAGCCCUGUGGCUGGCCUUCCCAAUCCGUGCCAAAGCUUUGUGCCUUACCCUUCCUUCGGCUUACCGCCUCAUUUCCCCCCACCAACCCCUUCUGAACCCGAAAGCGACACGCCUCUCGAUCUAGCCAUGAAACAUUCCAAACCCAGUCCUACGCCCAAUGGGACCCUCGUCACCAAGGAGAAACAGGCAUCACCUGCUUCUGAAAGAGAGCGGGAGACAGAACGCUCAGAUGAACCUGAAGAGGAAUGCUCUUCUUUUUCUCCACAAGUCCCAAAACCAGAGAUGGUUGAUCAGGCCACACAAGAUGAAAUCUCAAGCAAAUGCGCCCACUGUGGCAUUGUCUUCCUGGACGAGGUCCUGUACGCCCUGCACAUGAGUUGCCAUGGUGACGGCGGGCCCUUCCAGUGCAGUAUCUGCCUGCACGCUUGUGCCGAUAAGUAUGAUUUCACAACCCACAUCCAGCGAGGCCUCCACCGGGCCGCCCCCGAGGCCAACGCCAACCCCUCUAACCAAUGAGCUUUACAAACCUGCAAUCUGAGCACAACUAGAGCAGCGAGGAAAGCGAGGGAUUGUUCAAAUGAAUGCUUUGAACUUUUUGCUUGAAAUGUGCCAAGACGGAUCACGGUGCCUAAGCAGCCAAUGCAUGAAACGUCAGUCAGCAUAGCAUUUCUGGGGGAGCUCACACACAAACACACUCACACACUUUUAAACUUUUAAACAAAGACAUCGGUACAUGUAGCUACUCAAUCUAGAUAGAUUUUCAUUAGUCCAGGUAAGCAAGGUACAUCUUCUCCAGUUUAUCGCUUCGUUUCUCAUCGUUGUGUGUAUUCAUAGAUUUAUGGAAAGUUCUCUUACCUGGUCCUGGUCAAAAUGAGGAUGUGUUUCUGCAUGUGUGGCUUAGUGUUGAAAAGAGUGGCAGUCGUCUGUCACUAUGGCAACAGCAUAAAUGACUGCCGUCCUCAAACAUCCAGCAUCCUCAGGGAAUGUGUUUGGCUGAAUAGACAACAUUAGUUUAUAAUCUGGCAGGCUCGAGUUGACAUUAUACUAAAUGUCUUAUAGUUUUCUGUUUGUUGGUUUCAUAAUUUUUUUUUUUGUUGUUGUUGUUGAAGUUAUAGGGUUAGGUAACUCAAGUCUCAGAAUUCCAUCAAAACUUUCAAGCUGCUGCCUUAGUUGCUGGGAUGCAAUUCUCUACUCUAGAAAUUUGGGAAGGAAUUAAAAAGAUAUAUUUUUUUCUAGGUUGUUAAUAGUAAAACCAUAUUAUCAGUGCCUGAUAUAUUGUACAGAGUAUUUUCUACAUGAGAUGUUGAUAUGCAACAUUGAACUUGCAUCUGAAUAAGGGCCUUGAGUUUGGCUCUGACAAACGUUUACAUUUGCAAAUGUAGCAAACGACGUAAUGAAGCACCACCUGAAUUUUUUUUUUUUUUUUUUUUUUUU